AUGAGGGCUUGCAUUAUUAUUACAAUAAUUCUGGUAAUUUAUUAUGUUCGUGCAAAGCUUACACUAACAGACUUAGAGUGUAUAGAAAAUUAUGUAAUAGAUGAUCCUGUGCUGGGAGAAAUAGUAGUAAAUUCUGAUGGGUUUCUUAAUUUUCUUAGGGGAUAUAUAUAUCAGCAGACUGGGUUGAUGCAUAACAAAAGGUUCUUUUCUUCUGAGAUUAACAUUAGUCAUCAUUUAACUCGAAAAGAUACUCCACAGUCACCUACGGGUCUUUAUGUAUUUAAGAGAGAAGUAAAGAAUGAUAAAUCGCAUGCAAUAGAAGGUAUUACAAAUAAAAAAGAGAAGUAUUUGAGUGGGUAUCACAAAAGGCUUAUUCUCAUGUUUCCUUCUACAGAAACACAGGUGUCCAUUGAAACAGGCCGGGAUGAUGCGUUUAUUAAAUGGCUUAGACACGAAAGUGUUCAUGAGCACGCACAUAAAAUUCUUGCAACUCUUCUUCUUUUAGGAGAGGGAGUAAGUAUUAAUGUGGAAAUAGAUGAAAAAGAAAAAAAGGUUUUGGAAGUAAGAAAGUCUGAUGGAACAGUGUACUUUUCUGUGAGCAUGAAAAUAAAACAGUACAACAAAGAGAAAGGCGAAGUAAUAGACAUGUACCAAAGCGAGACAUCAAAGAUUAUUCGGUUUUUUAAGAGGUAUCAGAAGAGUGUUGCUUUAGACGAGUUAAGUGAAUUCACAAAGCCUAAGAGCUAUGAAGAGUUAAAAGAAGGACACUUUCUCAAUGGGAUUCAGUUUUUGAUAGAAACGUAUAUAUACGAAUUCACAAACACAGACAAAGAGGCGUAUAAAAUAAUUCAAGCAGUGCACACUCUUCUUAUAGAUAAAAUAAGGUCAGUAGAGAGCAAGAACCAAGAAGACAUAAAAAUAGCAGAAAAUGUAUUACUAUCCUGUUUUGAAAAAAAGUGUUCAAUUACUAAAUCAGAGAAUAUACAAAGCCUAAAGCUGCUUGAUAAGGAAAUUCAGAAGUAUAAAAUAUCUCCAUUUUCAGAGGCAGAGCAAGUGCCUGUAAACAUACAAGUGCCAAGUUACCCAAAAACAAAGAAAGACUUUAUUGAGGACAAGGACAAAUUCUAUACUGACUGUGUUGAAACUGCUCUACUGACUACAUUCUGUUGUUUGGCGUAUGAUAAAAAAACCCAGGAGUAUACUACCAAACACAUGAACUGUAUACAUGAUGUGAAUGAGUUCUUUUCUAUGAACAGAACACCGUAUAAUAAAAUAAAUUUAGAAACACAUAUGCAGUGGUGUAAAUCCACAGUAUACUUAGAAGGAUGUGAUCGCAUAUACAAAAAAGAAGGAAAUGAAAUAAUCAGUGGAAUCCUAAACUAUCUUCUGGCGUUUGCGAGUAUGGCGAAUAAAUCUGCACAAUAUACAGACAAAAUACUGGAAUUCAUUAAGGCAGUGGGUGCACCAAUGGAGGACUGUAAAGGCCUGUUAAAACAAAUAGGAGCAUUUGCAAAGAAUAUUCUUCUGUCUUUGGCAUUUGACAAGACCAUAGAGGUAAUGUGCUAUGACUUAAUGAUAAAAAAUAAUUCUAUUGGAAUACCUGAUGUAUUUGGGGAUAUUUUACUGAAAUACAAAACAGAACAAGCAGAAGAAACAGUGACCCUAUGCUUUAGUAGGGGGCAUGCCCACGUGUAUUUCCUGUCAAACAGUAAUUUAAGAGGAACAGGAUUAAUAUAUCAAAUCAAAUCAGUGUUAAAUGCAAAGACGGCAAACAAGAGCUCUUCUAAGUUCAUAGACCACUUAACACAGUACUGCAUUAACUCUUUUAUUGAUAGGUUUUCAGGGACACUGCAUCAAGACCUUCCAAAAAAAGAAAUAGAAAGCGCUGUAAUGAACAAUGGCGAAGGGAUAAACAAAAUACUCAUGAAAAGAAAAAUAAAUGAUACAGUGUACAAAAUAAGAAUAGCCAACUGUGCACUGAUAUAUAGCAGUAAGACAGAACUAUCAAAAGAAGACAGGAUAUCUAGGUUCAUUUCAAAUAUUCUGGGAAGUGCUCGGCUAAAUAACUCAGAGAACCAGAAGAAGGCAUUUACAGGACUGGCAUAUAUAAAAAACCAAAAUAUAUAUGACAGUAUAGAACUAGAACAUGCAGACUUUACACAGAUUCCAUGUGACCGAGAAGAAAUGAUUAAAAUUAUUGGGUAUGCUCUAGAGACGAAUUCAGAUGAUAUAUUAAUCAGGUGCCUAGAAGUGUCCAUACAAUUCCCAAGUUCAUUCCAGUGCCUACCGGAUCAUUUAAUAGUUCGUAGGCUUCUAAUUAAAAUAUUUAAACAAUUGCUGGAGAAGGAUGCAAUAGAACACAUUAAAACAAUAAGAAACUGUAUUAACAAGCACUGGAAGAAGGACAGAUCCACGCACAAGAAAAUUGCAUUAUCAUUAUUUGUAUAUGUGUGUGAGGAGAAAGGAGACUCGCUAGAAUUAAUCACAGAGACAUACAAACUGCUUCCAGAUUGGACAACAGAAAUAUUCUUAAGAUACACGCGUACUCAGGACAAUUAUGCAACUGUUUUAAAAACACUUGAAAUAAUUAAGAAAAGUACUCCUAGUACAGAAGAAGAAAGAGAAAAAAUAGAAAGUUUAAUAGAAUGCUUCAAUUUAUUUAGAAAAAGGCCAAGUUUAUACUGAUUCACAUUUCAACCAGUAGACCUAUCUGAAUAAUAAUUUAAUUCAAAUAUUACUGCUAAGUAAUUGAAUAAAUAUAACACAUAGUGGGGUUUACUCUUAACAGCCUUCUUCGUGCACAGUAAAUCCAUUAUCAGACUACACACCCAAAACAGCCAUUAUUUUUAUAAUGGACUAUUCUAGUGCAUUAUUGUACAUUGGGACUUAAAAAUACAAUGAGCAAACAAACUGAUUAAAGCA